AUGUGGCGGAGCACGUGCUUAAUUCUGUUGUGCUACCUCACAGCCGCCACCGCCGACGGAGACCUGCUGAUCGGCGUGGUGUGCGCCGAGCCGGAGCGAGCCCAACGUUUGGCGGCGGCGGUGGAUGCGGCGUUGAAUUGUACAGAGCCCUGCGCCAGACUUCUGCCAGCGGAGCCACGCGAGCCUCUCGCUUUGCCUCACGCCGUCUGUGACCAGGCAGGCUCAGGGGUCAACGUGCUAUUGGGCGAGGCAGCGGCGCUACCGGCGGCGGCGCGCGCUGGCUUGCCACUUCUUCUGCCAGCACCCGCGCCAGCCCUCGAUGAAGUCGCCGCCCUUCAACUCCUACCGCAUCCAGACCUCAUCGCGCAGGCUUGCGCGGAGGUUUGCGAGGCGAAGGGAUGGUCUAGUGCGGUGUUGUUGCAUUCUGGGGGAGCGGACGGCGCGGCGCGGCUGGCGAGGGCUGGUGCUGACGUGGUGCCACGGCAGCUACCACCGCCCGGAGACGAUGCGCUUCUCAGGAACUUGUUGCUGGUGCUCAAGAAGUUCGGCGCGACCAACUUCAUAAUCUGGUGCGAGGCGGAGUGCGCGGAGCGAGUGCUGGACGCGGCGCAGCGCGCUGGGCUGCUGGGUUCGCGGUACUCCUACGUGGUGCUGGCGCUGGACUUUCACACGCGGGACCUCCACCGCUACAGCCACAGCGGCGCGAACGUCACCAGCGUUCACCUGUUCGACCCUGAGUCGGAGCGCAUCCAGCAGCUGAUGCAGCUGUGGCGGGAGGCGUACGCGCGUCGGCUGUCCACUGCUGGGACUAGACAAGAGCCAGAGGGGGCGCAGGGGGGGAACGGGGAGGGGCCCUCCGACGCCAGUAGCGAGCUGGUGCUGGCGCACGACGUGGCGCUGGCGGUGGCGGCGGCGUGGCGCCACCUCGGCCUGCCCACCCUCGCCACCGCCUCGUGUACAGGCUGCGCAGCGUUCCACGCGGACACGGUGCUCAACUUUCUGCGCUCGGAGGAGUGGGGCGGGGCGGGCGGGCAGCUGCGCUGGGCGGCGGGGGGCGCGCGCAGCGACGCGGCGCUGUCGGUGGCGGAGCUGCAGCGCUGGGGGCGCGCGGCGGCCGUGGCGCGCUGGGUGCCGCGCGGGGGCCUCUCCUGGCGGCGCCGCCCCACCGCCGCCGAGCCGCCGCCCUCCGACGUCAUGACCAACCGCACCUUCAACGUGCUCAUCGCCUUGAGCGAUCCAUACGUUAUGAGGCAGCUAUCCCCGGACCGACUGUCAGGCAACAGCCGUUACGAAGGCUACUGCAUCGAGCUCAUCGAGAAGCUGGCCAAGAUCCUGAACUUCAACUACACUUUCAUAGAGCAGGCGAACGGCGUGUACGGCUCGUACCACCCGCAGCGGGGGUGGAACGGAAUGAUGCGCCGUCUCAUGGACGACCCCGACAUCCACUUCGCGAUCACGGAUCUGACUAUCACGGCGGACCGAGAGAGGGCCGUCGACUUCACGACGCCCUUCAUGAACCUCGGCAUCAGCAUCCUCUUCCGGAAGCCGAAGCCGCCGGGUCCCGCCUUCUUCGCCUUCCUACUGCCCUUCUCGAGCGGCGUGUGGGUUUGCCUGGGGUUUGCUUACUUGUUUACCUCGCUGGUGCUGUACGUGGUGGGGCGGCUAUGCCCCGAGGAGUGGCAGAACCCCUACCCCUGCAUCGAGGACCCGCCUGCCCUGGAGAACCAGUUCACGCUCGCCAACGCGCUGUGGUUCAACCUCGGAGCGGUUCUGCUGCAGGGCUCCGAGAUCGCGCCCGUGGCUUACGGCACGCGCGCUGUGGCGAGCGCGUGGUGGCUCUUCGCGCUGGUCAUCACCAGCUCCUACACCGCCAACCUGGCAACGCUGCUGGCCAAGAAGACACCCACCGACCUCAUCCACAACGUCGAGGAGCUGGCCGACAACCCUUACGGCAUCACGUACGGCGCCAAAGCGGGCGGCUCUACCUACACAUUCUUCGAGAUCUCGCAGAACGCACUGUACCAGCGUAUGUUCCAGAAGAUGAAGGAUCAGAAACUCCCGGAGUCCAACGUCGCCGGAAUUGAGAAAGUGACGAACGAGAAUUACGCAUUCCUGAUGGAGUCGACGUCCAUCGAAUACAACAUAGAGCGUAAUUGCGACAUCACUAUGGUUGGUGAACCGCUGGACAGCAAAGGUUACGGCAUCGCAAUGAAGAAGAAAUCACCGUACCGCCAGGCGAUGAACCUGGCGCUCCUGAAUCUGCAGGAGGCCGGUGAGCUUCGCGAGAUGAAGCAGCGCUGGUGGAAGGAGAUGCAUGGCGGUGGCGCUUGCAAGGAGGAAGAGGAGCACGGCGGCGAGGAGUUGGACAUGAACAGCUUCGUCGGUCUAUUCGUUGUGCUGGUGGUGGGUUGCGCGUUGGGAGUGGUGGUUUCUUGCUGCGACCUCGCGUGGGCGGCGGCGCGUCAUCCAAGGGACCCCACCGAGUCCUUCGGGCGGAGGUUGUGGACAGAGCUCCGCUUCGUAUUCAGCCUGGAGCGGUCCGAGAAGCCGCUUUACGGGCCGCUGCUGCCGCCGAGCCCGACCGGCUCGCCGGGCUCGGGCGCGGAGCGCGCUGGCUCCGCUGGCUCGGUGGAGUCGCGCGCUGGCUCGGGCUCGGAAACUGGCUCGGAGGUCGGUGAGGAGGGCUCGCGAACGCCCCGUCCACGGGCUAGGUCGAGCGCGCGCCGCUGCUCUAUGCACGCUGCCAGCCUGCGGUUGGCUCGUCACACCACGCCGCGGCCCAAC